AUGGCAUUAACAGAAAUUAUCCAACAAGCAACUGCUGAUCUCGUUCAGAUCUCAACAAAAUACCCUGCUUUGAUCCCACUUCUGGCGCCGCUAUUGGCACUUUUAGGUUAUGUUAUUAUCAACGAGUUCUGGAGAUACAAUAUCCGAUACAAGGGGUUCUCUGGUCCAGUAGGUUAUCCAAUCUAUGGAAAUAUUCCACAGAUUUCAAAAAAUGCACCAGAAACAUAUAGAUUGUGGUCUAAAAAGUUUGGACCAGUUUUCCAAAUUCAACUUGGAAAUAUCCCUGUUUUGGUAGUAAACUCCGCUUCUAAAGCACGAGAAAUUUUCCUUACCAACUCAAGACAGACCAACUCCAGGCCCAAGAUGUAUACAUUUCAUAAGGUUGUGUCCUCGACCGCAGGGUUUACUAUUGGAACAUCUCCUAUGGACGAGUCAUUGAAAAGGCGUCGAAAGGCUGCUGCAAGUGCUCUUAACAGACCCGCUGUUCAGUCUUAUAUGCCACAUGUUGACCUUGAAACAAAGGAGUUUAUUAAAGACUGCUAUGUUAUUGGAAAAGCGGGAACCGUUGCAGUUGAUCCGCUACCUAUCAUUCAGAGGCUCAGUUUAAAUUUAUCACUGACUCUUAAUUGGGGAACGCGGAUUGACAGUUUGAAUGAUCCAUUGUUUGCUGAAAUAACUGAAGUUGAAGAAUAUGUUUCUCGUUUCAGAAGUACUACAGGAAACUUACAAGACUACGUUCCUCUUUACAGGCUUAAUCCUUUCAAUUCAGGAUCUCAAAAAGCAGUUGAGAUGCGCCACCGGAGAGAUGUUUAUCUGAAGAGAAUGAAUAAGGAACUUGACGAGAAAAUUGCCAACAAGACAUACAAACCUUGUAUACAAGCAAAUGUUCUUCUUGAUCCAGAGGCUAAGCUUAAUGCUGCCGAGUUGAUGUCUAUAAGCUUGACAAUGGUCUCCGGAGGCUUAGAUACUAUUACGACUCUCGUGGUAUGGGCAUGUGCGCUGCUGGCAGCACGUCCUGAUAUUCAGGAGAAGGCACUGUCAGCAAUUCGUGAGAACUUUGCCGAGAGUGAAGUUUUGUGUGACCCUCUGGAAGAUCAAAAGUGUGCAUAUGUCGUAGCUUUAGUGCGAGAAUGUCUAAGAUUCUACAAUCCACUGAGACUGGCACUGCCUCGCACUGUUGAAACCCCAUUUAUGUUCGAGGGUAAAAAGAUACCUAAAGACGCUCUCAUUUUCCUAAAUUCCUGGGCAUGCAAUAUGGAUCCGGAAUUGUUCGAUGAUCCUUACGAAUUCCGCCCCGAGAGAUUCCUUAAUAACCUGACUGAUCCGAUUUUUACGUAUGGCCAAGGAUCACGUAUGUGCGCGGGAUUUCUACUAGGAAAUCGAGAAUUAUAUUUGCUAUUCAUGCGUUUAAUUUCUAGUUUCGAAAUUAAACUGUCUGAUAAUGUGGACAUUAAUCCUCUAACUGGUGUUGAUGAUCCAACUUCAUUGGUUUCUACUCCCAAGAGAUACAAAGUUUUCUUUGUACCCCGAAACGAAGAGAUUCUCAAAGAAGCCCUUAACAAUCAUGUUCCCUGCACCGUAUAA